AUGCACCAAUAUUUCGCGGUGGCCGUCGGAUUUGGCAUUUUUCUCAUGGCGACGUUGUAUUUUGUAGACGAUACUAGAUGGGAAGCGGUGAUCGAGAAAUAUCAUGUUUGCAUGCAACGACACCCAAAAUUGCGGACCCCGGACUCGACCUGGGCGGAUGGAUCCGGGCAGGCCGUGCGUGAUUGCUAUAAAUUUGGGCCCAACAUCAUUUCUGUCGAGAAUCAGGAUGAAGCCAAAAGACUGAUAGUAAUGAAUAAUCCGCGCGAAAACUGCACAUUUGUCACUCUUGGUAUUGGGAAGGACGCGAUGGCUGAGGCCAAAGUAAAGGCAAUGAUGCCGAAUUGUAAAUUCUACGGCGCCGAUCCAGUUUUGGAAGAAAACAAGGUCGUAUAUGAAAAUGUAAAGAUAUUUGGGUUAUUAAUUAUCCUUGAAAAGGUCGGUGAAUACCAUCAGUUGGCCAUUUCCGGCAACAACAUCGCAGAUUCGAGUAUAUUAACAAAAUCCGGGUACCAAACGCGCAAAAAGAUGCCGGCAAUGCCGAUGUAUCAAUUCUUUGCGGAAAUCGUCAAAUCAAAAACAAUAGAUUACUUAUUUGUCGAUAUCGAAUACGCGGAAUACGAUUUAUUCGAUUAUUUACAGGCUGGGAAAGCGCUGGAAAAUGGAUAUACGAUUUGUCAGAUAAACCUUGAAGCUCACAUUGCGCAAAAUAUAGAGCAGAAGGUUAAAUACAUGGAGUUUAUCCGGAAAUUAGUAAACGAAGGCCACUACGCGUUGGCAUAUGAUGACAAUACGAUAGGGCAUCAUAGGAUCUUCUUCUACAACCACAGAGCUCCGGCAUGUCGCAGAAAAUUCAUGCCAUUUUCU